AUGGCUCUGUUCACCCACCGCCCCUCGUCCCCGUUUGGUCUUUUCCCGUCCAGCCCUCUGACCUCGUCUCCAGGAGCUAGCGACGGUCUCAGUCCAGGCUUGUCUAGCGUGAAUACCGUCAGCUCACAAGGCUCUCAAGCGCACGGAAACAUGCAGUACACGUACAGCGCCAACGUCCACGGCACGUGGCCCACGCCAGGCAACCCGAACUACAGCGUCGGCGGUACGUCCCCAGAUCAAUCCUACAGCGGCCAUCGCUCGUCCAUCUACGGCCAGCCGCCCAGCAUGGGUUUUGGGAACCCGCGCAGCUCACAGUCUCCUGCCACAGGUGGCGAAGGCCUUCCACCGCCACCCUUCAACAACGUCCAUCAGCCAUUUCAGACAUCGAUUUCUGGAGGAGGCGGAAACGGUGGUCAGGACAGCCAUCACUUGUCUGGCCAGGCGCCUCCACAGGGCGCCAUGUUGAACUCAACUCAGCCUCAUGCGGCUGGGAGCGCGCCAGCUCCCGUAGACCCUUAUGCGCACUCGAGAGCACCCAACAACCAGAGCUACUACCCUGCCUCGUCCACGCCGCAGCAGCCGAGCUUCUCAUCGUACGCCGGGCCUCAGCAGUCAUCUCCAACGGGCACCAGCCCCGGGUCUCGAGGCCUAGGCCACUCAGCCAUGGCGCCGCCGUACCGACCGUAUGGCUCCUAUCAACCCCUGGCGACGAUGAACGGCCCGGUCAUGUCCAACAUUCACCAACCCGGGUCACAGCUGUCGAUGAUUCCUGCCAUGGGCGUGCCGGCUGGCUACAACACUCACCAGAUGAUGUAUGGCCACCAUUCUCAGCCUCAACCACAGUCUGAGCGUCCGUUCAAGUGUGAUCAGUGCACACAGUCCUUUAGCCGAAAUCAUGACUUGAAGAGGCAUAAGAGAAUCCACUUGGCUGUCAAGCCCUUUCCAUGCUCGUUCUGCAGCAAGAGCUUCUCUCGCAAGGACGCCCUCAAGAGGCACCGACUUGUCAAGGGUUGUGAAAACAAGAGUAAUGAGGCGGCAGCUGCUGAUGACGCUGCUGCCCAAGACCGAACCGGUGAAGGCGAUGACGACCGAUCAUCGUUGGGAAAGGAGGUUUAA